AUGUCGUCUUGCAGGGCAAACCAGACUUUUUACCUUGUGGUCUUAGCGGUGACCCUCGGCUGUAUAAUAAUUCCGUCCGGAGCUCGUGAGGCUUCACCUCACCACGAUAACAAUUCGACGAGAAACGAGGACUAUAACAAGGACCAUUCCUCUGAAAACGAAUUUGGACACUCUGUCGCAGCAUUUCUCGGAGUUUGCGUUGGAGCUACAGCAGGAUGGUUCUCAGAAGUCAUCAUUGGGGUAUUAACCGCUCCCACCAAUGAUGAAUUGACUGAAUUAGAAAACAAAAGACGCGUAGCAAAGUUGAAAAAGCGAGCCGCAACUCUCGCUAAUCUGAAGGCUAGGAAUGGGGGGAGGAUUCCCGAGGAAAUUUAUGAACGUCUGGGCAGUAAUUCUCGGAUGACCCUUUCACAGAGAGGAAUGUUAGAUGGGUAUGGAAGUGAUUAUCGUAAGAACUAUUCUGCUAGGGGAAGAGCGAAGGAAAGUGUGUUCAACCACCAGGAGGAGUGA